AUGGGCUCCGAAAACCCCUCCGAUCCCCUCUGGACCACCCAGUCCGUCCUGGCAAGCCUCCCUCACCCCCCAGAGGAGAACUCUGCCUCUCCGAUCCCCUUCUUCCACCUCCUCGAACGUCUUAAGACCACCAAGCGUGAAGGAUGGCGCCGCUUCGGCAUUAACUCCGGCGAAUCCAUCUCCGACCACAUGUACCGCAUGUCGGUGAUGACCAUGCUCGCGCCGCCUACCCUGGCAUCCCGCCUCAACCUGCCCCACUGCAUGAAGAUGGCCCUGAUCCAUGACAUGGCCGAAUCCCUCGUCGGCGACAUCACCCCCGUCGACCGGGUCGACAAGACCGAGAAGGCGCGUCGCGAAGCCGACGUCAUGGACUACAUUGCCAACAACCUCCUGGGCGGCGUUCCCGGUGGCAUGUUGACCGGACAGGAGAUCCUGAAGGUGUUCAACGAGUACGAGGCCAACGAGACUUUGGAGGCACAGUUCGUCCACGACGUCGACAAGAUGGAGCUGCUGUUGCAGAUGGUGGAGUACGAGCGCGCCAACAACAUCGACCUCACGGAGUUCUGCCACGUUGCGAACAAGGUGCAGUUGCCGGAGACGAAGGAAUGGGCGGCCACGGUGCUGCAGGAGCGCGAGAAGUUCUGGAAGAGCAAGGCGACGGCAUAA